GCAAGUUCAAGUGCACCCAGCAGCGUAUCAGUUUUCGGCCCCCAGUCGUGUCGUUGUCGAGGGUGGCGCAGAGAGCCUGGCUCAGAUUCAAAAAGUGCGCGCGAGUGAACGAACCACACCCCCAGUCCACUAAAAUAGCCAGUGAAUACUCGUGAAUGUUUUUCCAGUAGCUAUUAUGCAACUAAACCCCCAGUGAUUAAAUCGCAACUGUGUUUCUGUGGCCCCGAGUGAAAUCCAAUACUAGAGCCCAAACCAAACGACGAUCAACGGCACUUUAAAGCCGUUUUUAUACGAAACCUAACCGUAAUAGCCGCGUCCCAUCCCACACUAUCGCUGCGAAAAACAUGGCGUCUGCUGCUGCUGCGUCGUCCGUCUGCGCCAGCUGUGGCGCCGGCGCAGGCAGCCAUCGGAUUCUGCACAUUUACAGCGCGUGGGCGUUGAUCACGCUGCUGGCCGCCAGCGCUGCCAUCGUCCAGAGCGCCGCGGUCUCCUUUGGGGAUCUGCUAUCGCAUCCGACAUUCAAGCCGCUGUGCAGCGCCCAGCAGGAGCACUUCAUCGAGAGCGAUGGCAAGGAGUCCAGCCUCAUCAUCGAACUGAAGCCGGGCUCCUAUGGCGCCGAGCACCCCUCCUGCUCCCGCAUACUGAGUGCCCCGCCCAACUACGGCUUCAUAGUACGCCUCAUUCUGCCCAAGCUGCGGCACACUCAGCCGGACGGCGCCGCUCCAUCGUCGAGCAUCAUGCCCGCGGCCAGCAGCACAGCCAAGCCACGGCGGACCCCCAAGACAGGUGGCCUGACGGAAAUGUCCGCGUCCACGCUGACGGACCGCCUCAACACAACGAAGGCCAUGACGACACCCCGGGUGGGACGUACCUGUCCCCUGAACAUCUUCAGCUCGCUGGAUCCCCACACGGCCCAGUGGCGCGUCGACCCCUGCCAGCUGGAGGACACCGCCUCGGAGAUGGAGGAUCCCGUGCGCCUCUUUCACGGCCGGGUGAGGAUCGUGUGGGAGCACGGCCUGCACGCGCUGCGGUCGAAGCUGAUGGUCACAGUGCUGGGCAAGGGAGAGCAGUGCAAGGAUGCCAGCAAGCAUCAGUGCCUGAGGAUCGGGGACGAGCCCAUCCUGUGCAUCUCCAAGGAGCUGGCCUGUGACGGCAUCCGCCACUGUCCCUACAGCAACGAGUACGACAGCGAUGAGGACUACGAGAUGUGCCUCAAGCAGCGCCGACCUGGUGCCGGCAAUCUGCCCGCGGGCCUGGAGUCGGACCUUUUCGAGCAGUUCGCCCUGGAAGUGUUCCGCAAUCUGUUCGCCUACGACGCCCCAAUGGCGCCCGAGGAUCUGCCCCUCAACGGCUCUGUAGGCCUGGACAACUCAACGGCAACCACAUCCACGACAACGCUGAGAAAAGUCCACACCAAAGAUAUGAAGAAGCCGGGAGGCGAUGGUUCCCCCAACUCCAUAGGCCCCAACGUUGUGGAGGGGCAGGGAAAGUCGGAAAACGAUACAACGGGGUUGGGCGCGGGUGCGGGUGCGGGAACAGGAGCCGGCAGUGGCUUCACCCGCCGCAACUCGACUCGAACGGGCCUCCACUCGGACCUCUCCAAAUACGGGCCCUGGGGAUACCUGAUGCUCGGCAUGCUCCUCUGCGGCGGUGCCCUGCUCAUCUGCGGCCUCUGGGCCUCCGCAUCACAGCACGCGGUAAACAAUGAGAGGGAGGCUGCGCUGGCCGCUGCCAACGGCGGAGGUGGAGGCGGUGGCCUCGAUCAGCUGAACGCCGCUUCGCCACCCAACUACGAGGAGCUUGACCCGCCGCCGGCCUACUCGGUGCUCUUUCCCAACCAGAAGGCUGCCAGCAGCACUACGCUAGACCUGGAUGCGGGAGCGGCUAGCACCAGCCACACAACAACAACAACCACAACAACAGCAGCAGCAGCAGUGGCAUCGGCGCCGACUGCUCUAACUGGUGCAUCACCAGGCGAUCCCCAGCAGCAGCAGCAGCAGCAACAGCAGCAACAGCAGGAGGAACAGCCAACGAACUAGAUCGUAAGCCUGACAAGAAGGUGUAGCACCUGGAAUAACCAUAGAUUAGGUACCCAACAUCUCUCUGACUGACUCUGAUGCAAUUAGCUUAAAACCAAUUUAGUGAUAGAUCUAAGUGUAACCUCGAUGUUGAAUGUUUGACUAUGCUAACCACUCCAACCGUCCUGCAUCCGAACCGCGUCUGUCCCAGGCCCCAAAGGCAGUUGACAGACCCAUUAGAAUCCAAUAAUCGAAGACAUAUGUAUGUAAUUGUAAAGCUGCCGCAGCAGCAGCCACUGACGAAUCGCUUGACUUUUGUAUUUCUGUUAAUUUAAAAUUUAAUGUGAUAUAAAUUUAAAA